UUUCAUUGUACAUAUAGUACAUAAUACAUGCGACCUGUGUGGCUACUGUCACGCGAGUGUUUUUAGUCUGAAAAAACUGAAAAAAUGGAAAGGGCACAACAAUAUAUUCGACAUGAUAUACCGAAAGAUGCCAUAAUGUUGACAAAAUAUGAGGCUUUAAAUCAUCAAACAAAAUUUUAUACAAACUGGAAACCACAAAGCGAUGUAUGGCCGUUAUUAUAUGGACGUCCUAUUCUAGCCACAGCAGCAGCAUGUACCGGUUUUUACAUCAAUCUUCGAUUCAGAAAGAAAUUAAAGCUCCGAGAUUAUAGUUCGAUUUUUACAAUAGCUGGUGUUACAGCAGUUCCAACUGCAAUGACAGGACUUUGUUACUCAGAGUUUGUCUUGAAUAAACUGUUAUUAUUAGAGGUUCGUUGCCCUUUAUGUCUGGAAACCAGGUCUGUUUUCUCACAAAUUUUUACUGGCAUAUUUUUUCCAUUGAUGUUAGUACCAAUCGCAAAUUUCUCUAUGGCUUUUACAAGUGGGACAUUUAACGUACCACUCAUAACUGAUGUAAAAAGAACAUUCAAAAUUAUUUCAUCAGUCUAUCAACCAAUGCUACCUAUGUUUGCAACAAUUUUUACUCUUCAAGUACUAUUAGCUGGUUUUAUAACACAUUCACAAAUUAAAUCUUUUCUUCAUAUAUUGGAUGUACAAUAUUACAUAGAAGAACAACAAAAAAAUGAGAAACAUGCAUCAAGUAAUCUUUAAACUUGUACAAUA